AUGUCUUUGGUGGACUUGGGGAAGAGAUUGCUAGAAGCAGCAAGAAAAGGCCAAGAUGAUGAAGUGAGGACGUUGAUGGCAAAUGGUGCCCCAUUCACCACAGACUGGCUUGGAACAUCACCCCUCCACCUUGCAGCCCAGUAUGGUCAUUAUUCCACAGCAGAAGUACUCCUUCGAGCAGGCGUUAGCAGGGAUGCCCGAACCAAAGUGGACAGGACCCCCUUGCACAUGGCUGCAGCCGAUGGACACGCACACAUCGUGGAACUGCUUGUUAGGAAUGGCGCAGAUGUGAACGCCAAGGACAUGCUGAAGAUGACAGCUUUGCAUUGGGCCACAGAAUACCACCAUCGCGAUGUUGUCGAGCUACUUAUCAAAUAUGGAGCUGACGUCCAUGCUUUCAGCAAGUUUGAUAAAUCUGCCUUUGACAUAGCCCUGGAGAAGAACAAUGCUGAGAUUCUGGUCAUUCUUCAGGAAGCCAUGCAGAAUCAGGUGAAUGCUAAUCCCGAAAGAGCCAACCCUGUGACUGUGGCCACCCCAUUUAUCUUCACGUCAGGAGAAGUUGUCAACCUCGCCAGCCUUGUUUCUUCAGCCAACACCAAAACAACCUCAGGUGACCCCAAUGCCUCCUCAACAGUACACUUCUCACAUUCCACCACCUCAGUGUUGGCCACCCUCGCAGCUCUUGCUGAGGCCUCAGCUCCCCUCUCCAACUCCCACAGAGCCGCAGCUAAUUCAGAGGAAAUCAUAGAAGGAAAUUCUGUUGACUCAUCAAUCCAGCAAGUGGUGGGGAGUGGAGGCCAGAGGGUGAUCACCAUAGUGACCGACGGAGUGCCUCUGGGUAACAUCCAAACUGCAAUCCCUACGGGAGGCAUUGGCCAGCCAUUUAUUGUAACUGUACAAGAUGGACAGCAAGUUCUAACUGUGCCUGCUGGUCAGGUUGCAGAGGAGACUAUCAUUGAAGAAGAGGAGGAGGAGGAGGAGGAGGAAGUAGAGAAGCUGCCAUUGACUAAGAAGCCAAGGGUAGAAGAGAUGACAAACAGUGUGGAGGAAAACAAGGAAGGCACUGAAAGAGAGCUACUGCAGCAGCAGCUCCAGGAGGCCAACCGAAGAGCCCAGGAAUACCGACACCAGCUCCUCCAGAAAGAGCAGGAGGCAGAACAGUACCGUCUCAAGCUGGAGGCCAUGGCCCGACAGCAGCCCAAUGGCGUUGAUUUCACCGUGGUUGAAGAGGUGGCUGAGGUAGAUGCUGUAGAAGUCACAGAGGGCGAGAUGGAAGAGAGAGAGAUGGAAGUGACUGGGGCAGGAGGGACCACAGAGCCUCAUCGUGGAGUUUCCAUAGAAACUGUUUCAUCUUAA